UGACGUGGAAGUGCGAGAACGAAGAUCACAAACGCAUCAAUGUCGACCCCACGCCUACUCGACGUAUGCAUACGAUGUGUCGGUGGUGACAGUAACGGCGAUGGUGGUGAUGGUGGUGGUGGAGGUGGAAGAGGCGAAGGUGAAGGAGAAGCAGGAGGAGGAGGAUGAGGAUGAGGAAGUGGAGGUGGAGUGGGAAUGGAGUGAAGUGGGGUGUGGUGUGGUGUGGUGUGGUGGGGUGGGGUGGGGUGUGGUGAAGAUGGGGCGAGGGUUAUAUAGCACCGCGUAA